UUCCCCAAUAAAAACACACAUCUGAUACCAAGCCAACCCCUCUUUCGCCUCGAGCUUCCUUUGCUCGCGCUCUCUUUCCCUCUCACAAACACACAAGUAAUCGCAUCAUUCGCUUCUCUCUCCUCCAAUCUCUCUCUUUCUAGGGUUUGUCCUUCCACAGAUCGAUCGGUAAUCGAAGAUGUUUGGGAGAGCUCCCAAGAAGAGCGAUAACACAAAGUACUAUGAAAUCCUCGGAGUGUCGAAGACCGCUUCGCAGGAUGAUCUGAAGAAGGCCUAUCGAAAGGCGGCGAUCAAGAAUCAUCCUGACAAAGGCGGUGAUCCUGAGAAGUUUAAGGAGCUGGCCCAAGCUUAUGAGGUUCUGAGUGACCCAGAGAAGCGUGAACUUUAUGAUCAGUAUGGUGAGGAUGCUCUCAAGGAAGGAAUGGGUGGUGGAGGUGGUAUGCAUGAUCCAUUUGAUAUCUUCCAAUCCUUUUUUGGUGGUAGCCCGUUUGGUGGUGGUGGAAGCAGCAGGGGCCGAAGGCAAAGAAGGGGAGAGGAUGUGGUGCAUCCCCUCAAGGUUUCUCUAGAUGAUCUCUACAGUGGGACAUCCAAAAAGCUCUCCCUUUCACGUAAUGUAAUCUGCUCCAAGUGCAAGGGUAAAGGGUCCAAAUCGGGUGCUUCAAUGAAAUGUUCUGGCUGUCAAGGGUCUGGAAUGAAAGUAUCCAUUAGACAUCUUGGUCCAUCUAUGAUCCAGCAGAUGCAGCAUCCUUGCAAUGAGUGCAAAGGUACUGGUGAAACCAUUAAUGACAAAGAUCGCUGCCCACAGUGCAAGGGUGAGAAGGUUGUACAGGAGAAGAAAGUAUUGGAAGUGAUUGUGGAGAAGGGGAUGCAAAAUGGACAGAAGAUUACAUUCCCUGGGGAGGCUGAUGAGGCGCCUGACACAGUCACAGGUGACAUAGUUUUUGUUCUACAACAGAAAGAUCAUCCGAAGUUCAAGCGAAAGGGUGAUGACCUAUUUGUCGAGCAUUCUUUAAGCUUGACUGAAGCACUCUGUGGCUUCCAAUUUAUACUGACCCAUCUGGAUAAUAGGCAACUCCUCAUUAAAUUGCAACCUGGAGAAGUUGUCAAGCCUGACCAGUUCAAGGCAAUAAAUGAUGAAGGAAUGCCGAUGUACCAGAGGCCAUUCAUGAGAGGCAAACUGUAUAUUCACUUCACAGUGGAUUUCCCAGAGUCCCUGACUCCAGAGCAGUGCAAGGCUAUUGAGGCUGUGCUGCCUCCUAAGCCUUCAAUGCAGAUGACGGAUAUGGAGUUGGAUGAAUGUGAGGAGACCACUCUACAUGAUGUCAACAUAGAGGAUGAGAUGCGCCGUAAGCAGCAGGCCGCCCAAGAGGCGUACGAUGAAGACGAUGACAUGCACGGUGGUGCCCAGAGAGUCCAGUGUGCUCAGCAGUGAUGGUCUUACCGGAGAUGUCCGUCAAUGUCAGGUGGGAUAGAAGUUCUAUAGACUUCUCGAGACAAUAAUAUUGUCUGUAAUGUUAUAUCCUGUUAUAGGGCUUUAGAUUGGUUGGAAUUCCUCUUUUUCUGGAUUGAACUGAUAAUGCACGCAAGGUCUUAGCCAUUGACCAUUUGCAGAACACGUUAAGAGGCUAUCAAUUUUUAUUUGGAUUGUCAGUUGUCGCUAUCACUUUUCUUGUUUCUUUUUAUUUGAACGAAUGAUUUUGUUUUGUUA